ACAGUCAGAAAGGUUUGAGACGCACUGUUAAAAUUGUUGAAUUGUUCCAUUUUGUUUAAAAAAUUAAGAAAAUUGCCAAUGUUCUGGACGCCAGAACAUGUGGAGAGCAUGCUGGAUGUGCUCAAGACCUCCACAGAUCGAACGGUCAUUUACAAAUGCCUAGUGAAGCUGCGCACCGAUCUGGUGAAGGACAAAAAUGGCAUUGUUUUAUUUCGUACGGCUGGGGGCGUUCACAUCAUGGUGCGCUUGAUUACGAAGCUGAAUGAAAAGAUAAUGGAGGUGGUCCUGAGUAUACUGGGAAACUGCUGCACGGAUGAACAGGCUUGCAUUGAGGCAGUUGAAUGCAAGGUGAUUCCCCCGCUCGUGACCAUUCUGAAGACCAUACCCAAUCCCGUUAUUCAAUGCCGCGCAUGCCGGAUGCUUGGAAACCUGGCCAAAAGCAAGAAGGCGUCCCAGUAUCUUAACGUCCACUAUGCGGCCAUUGCCCCAGCCAUUUGCCACAUUAUCGAGUCCACCAGCGCGGUGCAGACCCGCAUCAUGGCUUUCCGCGUCUGCCGUUUUCUCCUAACCAGCAGCCAAUUUCUAAAGCACUUCCUCGUGGCCAAUGGUUUCCUGCAGCUAAUGCGGAUUUUUCUGGCUGUGAUGAAGAAUACUGAGGCGCCCAAAGAGCCAGUUCCGGACAUCGAGGUGUCUACGCUGAUAGGGCUGAAGAGGAAUCAGCAUCGCGAGAAAUAUUUUGAGGAGGUGGCCAGGAACUUGGAGGGAGUACGUAGUGAUAUCUUUGACUAUCAGAUGCUCAAAAACGCUACAAGGAACUGUGACUAUGCACUGCCCAAGGAGAAUGAGGCAGCAGUUGAGUUGGCCCUUGAGAUAUUAAAGUGUCUAGUUCUUAUAUCAGCUCAGCAGAUUGGAAUGAAAGCUUGGGAGUCCAUUUCCCGCAAUACCUCAUUAGCUUCGAUCGUCUGCUUCGUGAAGGAGGACGGCGAUCAGCGAGCUUCCGCUUUGAAAAUCCUUUCAAACUUCUGCAAGGAUCCCUGCGCCUUUUACAUGCUGAGUACAGCGGAUGCCAUUGUGGCUGCCUGUGAGAUGCUCAUGGCAGUUAAUAUGGCCAAACCACUUAACGAGAGUGAAAGCCGGCAUUGCAUUAACAUCAUAUUGACCCUGUCCACGGAUGCCUGCAGUCGCUCGAAGAUCCGAAGAUGUGGAGCUCUGCGUAAGCUGGUGGCCAUGAUUCGGGACUCCAACUCGCAGAGCGAGCGAUCAUCGCUUUUCCACAUUCUCAACAACUUUCAAUAUGACAACUUAAGCAUGGAACUUUUGCUUUAUGAAGGACUUGUUCCGAUGUUGGUAAGGGAAUUGAAUGAUUACCUGACCAGCGAUGAUGAGCAUCACAAACGUCGUCGAGAGGAGAGACUUCAAGGAGGCAAAAAAAGAAAACUGACGGAUCCCACAACGCCAGAGACGCUAAGCAAGUUCUCAAAGACCCAUGAGGCCUUAGGCUCGGACUUUGACUCACCGAGCAGCUCACCAAGGUCUUAUCGAACAACCAGUCCAUGCAGUUCGCGCAGCAUGUCUCCGGUGUGCAAAGAUCUACUGACAAAUGAUGACGACGACAACUAUUCACCGGCCUGCAGUGAUGACGAAGAAGAUGAGGAUGACGGCACAAGUAAUAGUAAUAUGGAUACAAGGGAUCGCCGCAUAGCCGCUAAUCGUGCCCAGACUUCCAAUGUUUUGGAUAUAUUAAAACUAAUUGAUGAGGGAAGCGAGCCCAUAGAUGACCCGCUUUCCGACAAAGAAGAUCUCGAGGAACUAAGCUCAGAUGUACCACCGAAACUAGCCCAGUUCCGAAACCAAGCAGGCGACACCAUCGACAUUAUUGAGAAUCUUAUCUAUCGUAUUACGCUGAUGGUAAACAAGAGAGUGGAACUCGGAAAGCCGGAGACACUAGAUACUCUGAUAAGAGCAAUCAACUUAUUCGGGGCCAACAACAACUUCUCAAAUGCCCUGACGAAUAUUCUACUAGAGAGCCAGUUCUUUGCCCAGAUCAUCAAACAUGGCGUGGUCCAUCAGUUGUAUCAACUCACCAAAGUGGAGGAGAUGCGCAAAGAUGGCUUCGCGUUCUUGGAGACACUUACCAAUGUCGGAGAGUCCAAUUAUGGCAAGGAGGAGUUGGUGCGACUCCUGCGCUGCGACGAUGUGAAAGCCCAACAGAGAGCAGCCAUAUCGGUAGCCUACAUUAUCAAGAGCCAUCGUCUGCUCUAUCAGUUCCUGUACGACGGAAAUGCACUGAACCUGCUUUUUGACCUGAUGCUACGCAAAAAGACCGAGGAUAACUAUGCUGACGAGGCAGUGGAUGCGGUGACAUCAAUGGCCCGAUAUACCCUCGGCAUUGUUUUACCAGAAGCAGAGCCCGCGGAGAGUACAUCAGAGAUUUGUAGCCAGAAACUAAGUGAAUCCUCUACCCUGCAUGACAACUGCGACAUGAAAUUCCUGGUUAGUGGAGAAGACGGUUCCUCCGUAACCAUUGGCUUUAAUAAGCAGUUGCUCUGCGAGGCCAGUGAGGUGUUCAACAAGAUGCUCAACAGUGAUUUCCGAGAAGGUCAGCAUGGCGAGAUUCAGCUGAAUGAUUACACGGCCAGUGGAUUGCGAUACUUUCUGCAUUUAAUCGUGUGCCAUGAGCGGCACUUAACGGAGCUGGAUUACCCUGCCCUGCUGCAAGCCUUCGAGAUGUCUCGGGUGUACAUCAUACCCGAAAUGGAGGAUAUCCUGCAGCAACGACUCAUCCAGUUCCUGGACUCGCACAACUGCCUGCGCCUGCUGGAGUGGGCGCUAAAGAACUAUCAUGCUGAGCUGACGGAGACAGCCAUCAGCUACUAUCUCUGCUCCUCCCUGCCAGCGCAGGAAAAGCUUCAGCUAUUCCGGGCUGCGGAGGACUCCACCUAUGCCAGCGAGUGGUUCCAGCUACUCAACGAUGCGGUAUUCGAGCGGUGCCGCAGCACUGGCUACUAAAUACUACCACCCAGUUGCGUUCUGUGAUCGUCUUUGUCGUUUUCCAUUCCCUGGAUACAGCUCGAUUUAUUUGCCACAGCCCUUAGCCAAGUAUUCCAAUGUGCUACAAUGUAUAUUUAAAAUGUAUAGACUACGGAUUAAUCUAAA